AUGUCGGAGAGAUUAAAAAGUACGGGCCAAGUGUCUAACGAUGAAAUAAUAGACGAGUUAACGAGAGAUCUAAAAACAACGUUAAAUACAGAAGAAAUAGGUGAGGAAUAUGUUAUAAAUCCUGGCACGAGUUCCGAAGAGUCUGAUAAAGCUGGCGGGGACGGCCCACAGACAAGUGCAGCCACACAUAGCAUACCAGAAGACACUGACAUAGACAAAGAUCAUGAAGAAAGGGAUGGCAGUGUCAAAGAUGACAGUGAUACAGACAUAGAUGAGGUGUCUCUAAAGGAUGCUGAAGUCGAUCUCACCGAUGACCAGAAAGAGGAGCGUAAGAUCAUUGCUGAGGAAUUGAAGAAAGUGGGUAAUGAGGCGUUUAAACUAGGCGACUACGAGCGGAGUAUUGAAAAAUAUACUGAAGGGUUACGGACAUGCCCCCUACAGUUCUCCCAACAGAGGUCUGUACUCUAUUGUAACAGGAGUGCAGCUAAGAUGAAACUGGAGAAAUAUGCGCAAGCUACCAAAGACUGUACAAAGGCUAUUGAGCUGGACGAUAAAUAUCUGAAAGCAUAUAUUCGGAGAGCCCAGUCUUACGAAGCCACAGAUAAGUUAGACGAAUCUUUAGCAGAUUAUAAAAAGGUUUUGGAAAUAGAUCCGUCGCACAAGGACGCACAGCGCGCCGUGGUACGUUUGCCGCCGCUAAUUGAGGAGAAGAAUGAGAAAUUAAAAAAGGAAAUGCUUGGCAAAUUAAAAGAUUUGGGCAAUAUCAUUCUGAAGCCGUUCGGUUUGUCUACGGAGAACUUCCAAAUGGAGCAGGACCCUGAGACUAAAGGAUAUAAAAUUAAUUUCAAACAGUAG